GGAAGGAUAUCUCUGUAUUUACAUUUACAUUUAUUAUUUAUCAAGUCGCGUAGGGUACUGCAGCUGCAUUAACUCCUUGUGCUUGUGUUAGCUAGCUGUGCGAGCCACAAUGGGCUCCUCGAAAUGUCAAUGUGCCGUGGGCUGCGGCCACAGACAACUCAUCGAUGACACGCAUGCAUGGCUGCGUCGUACGUGUACGCGUGCACGUGUACACCAUCGGCCAUAUACGCACCGGACUAGCUGUACCGCACAUCCAGUGUUUCCAUCCAAGGCUGGAGUACGCAAUACACACAUAAACAUCCACACGUUCAUGACGCGUACGCCAGCCAAAAAAAGCACCAUCAUCGCAAAGCAAAGCACUGCACGUACUACUGAGCGGUGACAGCACAGAUCGAUGCAUGGAUCGAAGCGGCCAGCGUCGUCCCACUCCCAGUCCCAGCACACUACUAGCGCUAGUCGAUCGCUAGCUGGCCCGGCUGGCCGGAGAAGGCAGAUGAUGUAUAUACCAGCAUACUACACUGUACUGCACUGUACUGAUGUACAUGUCGAAAUUAAUUGAUCGUAUAUCGUCGUAGAAGAAUCCAGGAUGGAUUUGGGUAUAAAUACACACACACACAAAGAUCGACCCUCUUCGUCAGUCCAUAGUACACGUACGUACUUGCACCGUACUAUACGACCCCUGCGACCGGACCAGGCCGGCCGGAUCCAUGCCUGUUGCCGCUGCGGGCCUACACGCGCCGCCGCCGACGACGACCGUUCUUGUUGGUUAUUAAUCGGCGAGCGCAAGCAGGAGGAGCAGCUGCCUGUGUAGCUAAGGGCAGGCCAUGGGGAGGCUCGGCGGCGGGCUGGGUGCGGCGACGCCGCCGUCGUUCGUGCGCGCGGCCUGGCAGGCGGUGCGGUGGUCCGUGGUGGUUCCAGCGCUGCAGCUGGCCGUGUACAUCUGCGCCGCCAUGUCGCUGAUGCUCUUCCUCGAGCGCCUGUACAUGGCGGCCGUGGUCACGGGGCUCUGGCUGCGCCGGCGCCGGCGCCACCGCGUCGCCGGUGACGGGCAGCGCGUGCUGGACGACGACGACGACCUGGAGGCUGACGCCGGCCGCUGCUGCCCCAUGGUCCUCGUCCAGAUCCCCAUGUUCAACGAGGGACAGGUGUACCGGCUGUCCAUCGGAGCGGCGUGCGGGAUGUCAUGGCCAUCGGAGAGGCUGGUGAUUCAAGUGCUGGACGACUCCACGAACCCCGCCAUCAGGGAGCUGGUGGAGGUGGAGUGCGCGCGGUGGGCGCGCAAGGGCGUGCGCAUCUGCUACGAGAACCGCAGCAACCGCAACGGGUACAAGGCGGGCGCCAUGCGCGAGGGCCUCAAGAAGCACUACGCCAGGGACUGCGAGUUCGUGGCCAUCUUCGACGCCGACUUCCAGCCGGACUCCGACUUCCUCCGCCGCACCGUGCCGCUGCUGCAGCGGGACCCCGGGGUGGGGCUGGUGCAGGCGCGCUGGCGCUACGUCAACGCUGAUGAGUGCAUCCUCACGCGCAUCCAGGAGAUGUCCCUCAACUACCACUUCGCCGUGGAGCAGGAGGUGGGCUCCGCCUGCCACGCCUUCUUCGGCUUCAACGGCACGGCCGGGGUGUGGCGCGUCGCCGCGCUGGCGGACGCGGGCGGCUGGAAGGAGCGCACCACCGUGGAGGACAUGGACCUGGCCGUGCGCGCUAGCCUCCGCGGCUGGCGCUUCGUCUACGUGGGCGACCUGGUCGUGCGCAACGAGCUGCCCAGCACCUUCAAGGCGUACCGCUACCAGCAGCACCGGUGGUCGUGCGGCCCGGCCAACCUAUUCCGCAAGGUGCUCCCUGAGAUCCUCCGCAGCGACCGGGUGUCGCUGGGGAAGAAGUUCCACCUCCUCUAUGCCUUCUUCUUCGUCAGGAAGGUGGUGGCGCAUCUCGUCACCUUCCUCUUCUACUGCGUCGUCAUCCCGGCCUGCGUGCUGGUGCAGGGAGACGUGCGCCUGCCCAAGUAUGUGGCCAUGUACGUGCCGGCGCUCAUCACGCUGCUCAACGCCGCCUGCACGCCCAGGUCCUGCCACCUGCUCAUCUUCUGGAUCCUCUUCGAGAACGUCAUGUCCAUGCACCGCUCUAAGGCCGCCAUCAUCGGCCUGCUGGAGGCCAGCCGCGCCAACGAGUGGGUGGUCACCGACAAGCUCGGCAGUAGCAAGGCAGCUGCGGCUGUAGUCGCGAAGAAGAAGAAACAGCAGCUGGUCCGGAGCAGGUGCUGCAGCACGAGACGGGAGAUGCAUGUGCUGGAGCUCGCGAUGGGGGUGUGCUUGCUCUAUUGCGCUGUCUACGACAUUGUCUUCUUUGGCCGCGACCACUACUACAUGUACCUACUCCUGCAAUCGGCGGCGGCCUUUAUCGUCGGCUUCGGCUACGUUGGCACCACGACACCCUCCUGACUCUCAUGAGAGUCACCAACACAGCCAGACGACUGUCAGUGCCUGUGAUCCAAAUUAAAGUCAUAAUAUUUCAUUAAAUUAUUCGUAGCCUUAAUUGUAUCGAUCGCAUGGGCAAUAGUCAUGAUAAAUCAGGUUUUUUUAUAGUACUACAUUAAAGGGAAAAACAGAUUCAACAAAAACAAAACAAAAAAAGGCUUCCUAGAGCCAAGCUGGACCUCAGUACACUGUAGGCUUUACGUUAAUGUGUCAUGUAUACUUCCAGUCAAAUGAACAUGUACUUGCUAGCUAGCUAGCUAGCUAGCUGGCUCAUGUAUUCUGAAUGAAUAUGAUUUGUUCUUAUUACAGGCA